AUGCAGCAUUUCCUGUUAUAUCGAUGCCAACACGUUGAUCAAGUGAUGUUUGAAGGAGAUUUGGAGAAGGAAGUGCUACCUGGACACUUUGCUGUUGUUGCAGUCAAGUGUGAGAAGCCGAAGAGAUUUGUGGUUGAGUUAAGAUGCUUAACGAAUCCUGGUUUCAUAAGAUUGCUAAAGGAAGCUGGAGAGGAAUACGGGUUCAAACAUGAAGGUGCCAUUGUCAUACCUUGUGAACCUCACGAAUUGCAAAUGAUUAUACAAGAAAUGAGAGAUAUGUUAAUUUCGACUGAAUUUCCUCGAUUCCAAUUGAUUUCGUUCAUUCCUCCAUAUGAUUACGAUGCAUGCACAAUUGCACAUUAA